AUGACACCACCGCAACACCACCACCAACGUAAAGCUCUCCAGGACGCAACCCAAAUCCCAGAACUCCUCCUCCUCAUGGCCCCACAUUGGGCACCCCAAGACCUCAACUUGGAGGAUGGGGGAAUGACAUACGACCAGCGCAGGAACGUGGCGGUCGAGGGACCGUUACUCUCGCCCGACUUUGAGGGUGUCUUUUCGCCGAGCGAGAUUGAAUGGAGGUCAGUCGAGGAGCAGAAGCGGGAUUGGUCGACUGCUCAGAAUUUCUGGUUGCUCGUCAUGGUUAAUAAGGCAACGCUCAGGACCCUGCGUCUAGAUCGAAGUCUCGACUCGCUUGCUCAUCUCGACACUAACUUUUUGUUGGACACUUUGGCAACCUUGCCGCAUCUGACGGAACUUGACAACACAUUACUCAAGAUCGAUAUCAGAGAUGUUCUGGACCGAUUGCCCAGUCUCCGCAGCAAUCGAUCUUCAAACUAUGAGCUCCCUUUCCAAGUCCUCACAAAGUCUUACGACCACCUCCGCGCCCUAGAGAUCUACAACCCCCUCCCGAGCAAGACCUUCUUCAGUCUCCUUAGCUGUCUCCCCAACCUAGAAGACCUCCGGAUAAGCGAAUUCGUCCGGCGAGAAUUCUUUGUCGACAACCCCGAGAUAAUGCUCAAUAACACCCCAACCCGCCUCAAGGGCCUCCACAUCAUGUCGGGAGCCGCCCAUCUUGGCCCACGACUCGCAGAACGCAUCAUCCCGUGGAUCCCCCUCCUGACCUCCUUUACCAUCGACCGCCUCCAGGACGAAACUGCAGAGGCCCUCUUCAUCCACUGCAAGAACCUCGAAACUAUCCGUCAAUCAGACGACGGCUGCACACUGUACGAUAUCCAAUACGACAGCCUUCGCCCCAUUAAUCCCGAUAACAUCCCACGCCCCACCAGCAAACUCUUCAAACUCCUCCAAGACUACCCCUCCCUCAAAAUCCUCGAUAGGAUCGACCAACGCCUUGUCGCCGCCGACCUACUCGCCCAGACCUGGGCCCCUCUCACAAAACUCAAGGUCUUUCGCUGCCAAAUCGUCAAUGUCAACCGCCUCACACCUUCGGAAGAAACCAUGCUCGCACACACUUCCCCAUCAUGGCUCCCCCGCCCCAACGAAGCCUUAACACUAAUCACCAAACACACCCAAUCCACCGCCCUCCAAAAGGCCAUCCUUUCCCGCCUCGGAACCCUAACAAACCUCCGUGUCCUCGACCUGGGCUAUGAAUGGCGCGACGUCUGGGCAGACUCCCGCUCCCGCUCCGAGUGCCGACGGUACACAUCCAACACUCAAGAAUACAUUAGAUACGGCACACCCUACAAAAACACUCUCGAGCUAACCUUGUCCACAGGACUAACCCACCUCUCGGAACUCCGUCACCUACAAGUCUUUGGAUUCGAAGGCGUCGAUCACCGGAUUGGGAAACAAGAACUGGAAUGGAUGGCCGUCCACUGGCCGAAACUGAAGAUCAUGCGCGGGUUACAGGAGGACGACCAUCUUGUCCAAAUCGAACCCGACCCGGUCAAGACCGAACUCAGGCGAUAUAUGGAGAUGCUUCGCCCAGAUGUGAAACAUGAGUCCCUAAGUCGCCAGGGGUCCCGCAAAAUGUGA